AUGCGUGCCGAAGCUGAGGUUGACGAGUGGGCACCAUUCAAGGACGAAGAAGAGUGGGAGUUGUUCCGGUGGCUGAUCAAGCAUGUGGGUCAAACCAAGAUCGACGAGUUCCUUAAACUUUCAAUUAUACGAAGAAAAUGCAGUUUGUCAGCCGACAGCAAGUACAAAUUCUUUCAACAGAUUGACGACCUACCUACUGGAGUCCCUUGGCACUGCGACGUGGUCUCCGUUCAAGGCGAUCGUAUGGGCGAUGAUGGGAAGUUCUUGCAGGAACAACUCGAACUGUGGCGGCGCGAUCCUGUGGAAUGUGUGGAGGAACUCAUCGGGAACCCUACGUUCGACGGAAAUAUUGCUUACGGGCCAGAGAGGGUUUAUACGGAGGAGGCGGCUACCAUACGACGGUAUGAUGAGAUGUGGACAGCGGAUUGGUGGUGGAUUACGCAGGGAAAGUUGCCAGAGGGUGCGACAAUCGCACCUGUAAUCCUCGCGUCCGAUGCCACGAAGCUCACAAACUUCGGCGGCGAUAAGAAGGCAUGGCCGGUGUAUCUGUCCAUCGGGAACAUCUCAAAAUCCGUCCGACGUCAGCCUUCGCAGCGCGCAACAAUCCUCGUUGGAUACAUACCUGUCUCGAAGCUCGACUGCUUCAACGAUUCGACUCGCAGCCUUGCAGGCUAUCGCCUCUUCCAUCACUGCAUGUCCCUCAUCCUCAAGUCCCUUCGCGAGCCGGGCCUCAAUGGGAAGGAGAUGACUUGCGCAGACCGCGGUGUUCGGAGGGUCCAUCCAAUUGUUGCCGCUUAUGUUGCGGAUUAUCCCGAACAGUGUCUUGUUUGCUGCUGCAAGGAGAACAGCUGCCCACGCUGCACUGUGCCUCCCCUACGACGUGGCGAGCAGCUUAACUGUGAUCCACGUGAUGUCAAGAGCACCAAAGACGCACUGCGCGACCACCAGAACGGAAAUGACUCACCACGCUUCACUUCCGAGCAACUGCGGCCCGUCUACGAGCCCUUCUGGGCAGACCUCCCCCAUUGCGACAUCUUCUCAUCUAUCAUGCCUGACAUCUUGCAUCAGCUCCACAAGGGAGUCUUCAAGGACCACUUACUGUCGUGGUGUACAUCAAUCGUGGGCCCGGACGAAAUCGACCGCCGCUUCCGUGCAAUGACCGACUUCCCAGGCCUUCGAAACUUUCGCAAUGGCAUCUCGCAUGUUUCGCAGUGGACGGGUAAAGAACAUAAGGAGAUGCAGCGUAUAUUCGUAGCGCUGCUAGCUGGCGCGGUGCCUGCGGAGGUACUGGAGGUGGCGCGUGCGCUCGUGGAUUUCAUCUACUACGCGCAACUUCAGUCUCACGAUGACACGUCGCUCACUCACCUGCAGUCAGCUCUCGACACGUUCCAUCGCUGUAAGGACGUUUUUAUCAGGCUAGGGAUUCGCGAGCAUUUCAACAUACCGAAGAUACACUCACUCCUCCACUACGUCGAGGCCAUCCGAUCCCGUGGUUCCUGCGACGGCUACAACACCGAACUCCCCGAGCGCUUGCAUAUUGAGCUGGCGAAGAACGCGUACCGUGCAAGCAACCACCGCGACUAUACAGAGCAGAUGGUGACGUGGCUCUCACGCCAGGAAGCGGUCGACUUACAUGCUGCAUACAUCGCGUGGUUCCAGGGUCUCCGUACGGAAGAAACGGCGGAUGAGAUAGCUGAGGAAUCAGACUCAGAGCCAGAAGACGAGCCAGAAGACGACGAACCUGAUGAAGACGAGGUCUCUCCUCUGCUCCCAGACGGGGAUCAAGAGAAAACCAGGCACACGUACGCAAUCGCGAAGCACUGUCCUCUUCCCAAUGUAUCCCUGCGCUACCUGCUUGCCGACCAUGGCGCGAGCGAGUUUCUACCCGCUUUGACCGACUUCGUCCAGACUGAGCUACCUCAGGGCACGUUACGGCCGAACCAAAUGGAUCGCUACGACGUUUAUAAGGCCAUAUCAGUUACUUAUCCAGGAGAUCCUCAUGGCGACGUACCAGAGCAUACCGACCGCAUCCGGGCGGUCGUGGCCAAAGCAGGGAGGGGGCGAAAGCAGGCCGUGGCUGCACACUUCGAUACCGCGUUUAUCAUCGAUCCGGAUAUUCCUGUCGAUGGACUUGAACUGAACGCUUACCUGAUUCGGCGAGAACAUACAGGAACAAGGAUAGCACGCGUGCGCGUCAUCUUCGAUCUUCCUGCGCAAUUUGGAUCACACCCGCACCCGCUCGCAUACGUCGAAUGGUACACGCCAUUGCGGCGCAAGGAUCCCGGGACCGGUCUCUACCUUGUCUCCCGCUCAACACGCAACGGCAAGCCGAACGCUAGCAUCGUCAGCAUUGAUCAGAUCCGCCGCGCCGCGCACUUGGUUCCGAAAUCUGGCAGAGAAAUAAGCAGGGAACUCACCAAAGAUAGUUCACUCGACGUCGCAACAGAAUUCCGGGUGAAUUCGUACAUUUCAGUUGACCUUAGAUCCAUGACAGUUUGA